CCUGUGUUCAUUAGGGCGCAUGGUCUGGAGAUGUCUACGUGAUAUAUAGGUGCUGCACCAUGUGCUUGUGGGGAGUGACACCUUGGGGCACUACAGGUCCCAGCAGGCAGGUGCUCUGCUUUAGAAUGGAACUGCUGGAAUCUGAUGCAGGCAAGUCUGGAACUCCCAACCAAAUAUUCUUCACAGAUGGGAACAAGAACGGUAGACUCGGAGCAUAGACUUGGCCAUAUAAUUGUAAAUCAGAAAAUUAAUGCAGUAGCCACAGAUUGUAAUGAGGGGUAAGGCUGACGUCGGAUGUUGAGAAGCCACCGCCAGUGUUUAAAAGAAACAAGGCUCGGUACAAAGUUGAAAUGGAAAAUCAGAAGACCCUCAGAUCACCUAAUGGAUCCAAUAAAAUAAAAUCCUCAGAGAGAUGUCCCAGUCCUCUGUAUUCCCAGGAUUGGUCUCCUGACAACGCAAUGAGAACAGAAAAAGACACGUGGGAGUCUGAGCUGUUACGGCCCCCAAUCACUGCUGAGGAGAGAAGUAUCAGCUCUUUUUAUUCCAUGAAUUGUUCAGAGGACAAUCAAAAUAUUCCACAGGGUCAUCAGGCUGAAGAUCUGCUUGAUAUCAAAGUUGAAGUGAUAGAUGAGGAAGAUGAGACUUUCAUUAAUGAUGGAACCAGUAGAAAAAAUCCAUCAGAGAGAUCCCAGAGUCCCGGUCCUCUGAAUUGUCAUGGCUGUCCAGUGGAGAAUUACAGUGUCCCACAUAAUUAUCAGGGUGAAGACCUGAUUGAUAUUAAAACUGAGGCUGAUGCAGAAGAUGAUGAGACCCAUGAGAGCGAUGAUCAGCAAUGGAAGGAGGAAGAGGAAAUCCCUGUCGACAUUGGCCGUGUAACUGGUGUGUCUACUACAGAGAGAUCCAGUAAGAGAAUUCUACCAGAGGGAUGUCCCAGUCCUUUAUAUUCCCAGAAUUGUAUAGAAGAAAAUCUAAGUGUACUACAGGAUCAUAAGAUUUGUAUCAAAGAGGAGAUAAAGGAAGAAGAAGAAGAUGAGCUACCUGUGCCCAUUAACAAGAUGGAGACUCCAAAUCAUAUCAUUACAGUUUCAGAUUUUGUGCACAGCAAGAACUUGAAGGCAAAUCUUUCAUAUGAAGACCAUAAAGUACAAGUAAAGAUUGUCACAGAGGAUUCUCUGGGAGAAAACCCCAAUGCCCAAACUAUAUAUGGUGGACAUCAAAGCAGAGAACUUCUACCAAAUUGCUGCAAUUACAAAGAAAUUAUUUAUCAGACAUCACAAUGUUAUCAUGGUGGAAACAGAAUUCAUACUGGUGGAAAAUCAGUCCCUCGGUCAAAUGUUGGAAGAGGUCAUAAAAGGCAAUCAUGUAUGUGUCCCAGAUGCGGAAAAUGUUUUAGGCACAGGGUGUUUCUCUUAACACAUCAGAAAAUCCAUAGAGGCCAGAAGCAGUAUCACUUAGAAUAUGGUAAAAGGUUUAAAUUAUAUGCACUUCAACAGAGUCACACCAUGGAGAGAAGGUUUUCUUGUUCAGAGUGUGGAAAAUGUUUUGUCAAAAAGUCAAGUCUUGACGAACAUUGGAAAAUUCACACAGGGCUGAGACCGUUUUCAUGUUCAGAAUGUGGUAAAUGUUUUGCCUACAAAUCAUGUCUUAUUGAACAUCAUAAAAUCCACACAGGGGAGAAGCCGUUUUUAUGCCUGGAAUGUGGGAAAUGUUUCACAAAGAAUUCAAAUCUUGUUAGGCAUCUCAGAACGCACACAGGGGAGAAGCAGUUUCCAUGUUUGGAGUGUGGGAAAUGUUUUGUCGAAAAAUCGGGUCUUUUGAAACAUCAGAAAAUGCACACCGGAGAGAGGCCAUUUUCUUGUUCAGAAUGUAAGAAAUGCUUUGUCACAAAGUCCACUCUCGCACAGCAUGAGAAGAUUCACAGAGAGAAACCCUUCUCCUGUUCAGAAUGUGGGAAAUGUUUUCACAGCAAAUCAAAUCUCAAUGACCAUCUUAGAAUUCACACUGGUGAGAGGCCAUUUUUAUGUUUUGAAUGCGGGAAAUGUUUUGCUCACAAAUCAUAUCUCACUGACCAUCGGAGAAUUCACACAGGGGAUAAGCCAUAUUCAUGUUUGGAAUGCGGGAAAUGUUUUGCCUAUAAAUCAAGACUUGUUCAGCAUCAGAGGAUUCAUACAGGAGAGAAGCCAUUUGCAUGUACAGAAUGUGAAAAAAGUUUUACCAGCAAGCUAAGUCUUGUUAUACAUCAGAGAAAUCACACAGGAGAGAGGCCGUAUUCUUGUUCGGUAUGUGCGAAAAGUUUCACCAAGCAAUCAAAUCUUAGUAAACAUCAGAGAUUACAUACAGAAGAAAGGCAGUUUUCUUGUUUGGAAUGUGGGAUUAUUUUUUCAAAGAAAGCUGAUUUUGUCAAGCAUUACAGAAUCCACAGAGAAAAGAAGCCAUUUUCAUGUUUGGAAUGUGGGAAAAGUUAUACCCGUAAAUCUGUUCUUGUCGAACAUCAGAAAGUUCACACUGGAGAGAGACCGUUUACAUGUUCCGAAUGCGGGAAAAGUUUUGCUCACAAAUCUGUACUUAUUCAGCAUCAGAGAAUACACACAGGGGAGAGGCCAUAUUCAUGUUCAGAAUGUGGCAAAUGUUUUGUGAAGAAAUCGGGCCUUGUGAGACAUCAGAGAAGUCACACGGGGGAGAAGUUGUUUCACUGUUCUGACUGUGGAAAAAAUUUUGCUCAGAGAUCAGGUCUUGUUCGACAUCAGAAAAUUCACACAGGGGAGAAACCGUUCUUAUGCUCAGAAUGUGGGAAAUGUUUUUCUGUGAAAUCAAAACUUGUAAGGCAUUUGAAGAGUCAUAAAAGGUAGAAGCUGUUUACUGGUAUAGUCACAUACUGCGGAAGCUUCUGCAGUUGAAAAUCAGUCCCAUUCAUCUUAACCCCUUCGCGCAUACAGUUACAUCAUAAUGCCUCAGGGCAUGUAUGGAGUGGGCCUCUGCAACAGGCCCGCUCCAUACACGGUGGGUGCCGACUGUAUCAUACAGCCGGCACCUGCCCGCACUAACAGGAAGCGGCUACCCCUGAUAUUUAACCCCUCAGGUGCCGCAAUCAACGCUGAUCACAGCACCUGUGAGUGAAGGCAGAGGGAUGUGGCUCCCUCUGCCUUCCGUUCCGAGCCCCCGCAGUGAAAUCACGGGGCUCCGAUCGUUUGCCGUGGCAGCCUGGACGCCCGCCAUUGCUUUCUCCGUACUGAGCUAUGCACGAAGAAUAGCUCAGAAUGGAGAGUGUAAAAAUCCUAUUCACACUAAAAGAGAUCUAUUAGGGUGAAUAGGAGAAAGGAUCAAAAGAUCCCUUGUACCACGCCCUUAAGGGGUCUAAUAAAUAUAUAUUUAUUUAUUUUUACACCGAAAAAAAGUAAUAAAACACCAAUAUAUUAAAAGUUUGUCGCCCCCCCUUUCCCACUUCUACAUUAAAAAAAAUAAACAUAUUGGGUAUCUCCACGUCAGAAAAUGUCUGAACUAUUAAAAAUUUUUAAAAAAUUCCUAUACAGUGAACAUCGUAACGUAAAUAAAUUGAAAACGCGCAAUUUGCCAUUUUUUGUCAUCUCGUCCCUCCAAAAAAAUUAAAUAACAGUGAUCAAAAAGACAUGUACACCAUAACAAUGGUACCAAUAAAAAUAUAGAUCGCCCGUAUGGGGAAGAAAAUCUCCAACCUUUCAGUCUCCCUACCAUCCUAAAAGUAAUUCCUCUCCCUUCCAAUUCCCAUAUAUCAUACUUCAAAGCUUCAAUUUACCCCCCUAAUGUCAGCCUGGCAGUACCAUUCCAUACAGUCAUUAACUCUCGUAUUUCUUUCCUUGUGUAAUGUGAUUCAAUAAAGG